AUGUACUACUCCUGCGAGAUUUGUGGCAAUCAGACGUACCGAGGACCGAAAGCGUUUCAACGGCACUUUUCGGAGUGGCGUCAUGCGCACGGCAUGCGUUGUCUUGGCAUUCCGAAUACGGCACACUUCGCGCAUGUUACGAAGAUCGAGGAGGCUCUGGCCCUGUGGCAACGCAUUCGCACCACCAAGGAGGCGGAGCGUUGGCGACCCGAUGUGGAAGAGGAGAUGGAGGACCACGCCGGCAAUGUCGUUUCGCGCAAAACCUAUGAGGAUUUGAAGCGACAAGGUCUCCUCUAA